AAUCCAGUCUGCACAAUGAAGAAGCAACCUAAGAUGGAGGAAGCUCCACACUGUGAGCUCAAAUCCUAUUCUAAGCGCUUGGACACUCAGGCAUCUACCAUGGUGUUGGGUCCUGAACAGAAGAUGCCAGAUGAUGAUGUUUCUGGAGACCAUGGGAACUCUCCCAGUCUUGGUGCACUCAACCCUGCCUAUAGUACCUCAUCUCUCCCCCAGUCCGAGGAGCACUCACAGGAGCCCUUUACCACCUACUUUGAUGAGAAGAUCACCAUUCCUGAAGAAGAGUAUUCUUGUUUUAGCUAUCGUAAGCUCUGGGCUUUCACGGGACCUGGCUUUCUUAUGAGCAUUGCCUACUUGGAUCCAGGAAACAUCGAAUCUGAUUUGCAGUCUGGAGCAGUGGCUGGAUUUAAGUUGCUCUGGGUUCUUCUGUUGGCCACCGUCGUGGGGCUGCUGCUCCAGCGCCUUGCAGCCAGACUGGGCGUGGUCACGGGGUUGCAUCUUGCUGAAGUGUGUCAUCGUCAGUAUCCCAAGGUCCCACGAAUUAUCCUAUGGCUGAUGGUGGAGUUGGCUAUCAUUGGCUCAGAUAUGCAAGAAGUUAUUGGCUCAGCCAUUGCCAUCAAUCUCCUGUCUGUAGGAAGGGUUCCUCUGUGGGGUGGAGUUCUCAUCACCAUUGCAGAUACCUUUGUAUUUCUCUUUUUGGACAAAUAUGGCUUACGGAAGCUAGAAGCGUUUUUUGGCUUUCUUAUCACCAUUAUGGCCCUCACAUUUGGAUAUGAGUAUGUUACAGUGAAGCCCAGCCAGAGCCAGGUACUCAAGGGCAUGUUCCUGCCAUCCUGUUCAGGCUGCCACACCCCACAGAUCGAGCAGGCUGUGGGCAUCGUGGGAGCUGUCAUCAUGCCACACAAUAUGUACCUGCAUUCUGCCUUAGUCAAGUCCAGACAGGUAAACCGAGCCAAUAAGCAGGAAGUUCGAGAAGCUAAUAAGUACUUUUUCAUCGAAUCCUGCAUUGCUCUCUUUGUUUCCUUCAUCAUCAACGUCUUUGUCGUCUCAGUCUUUGCUGAAGCAUUUUUUGAAAAAACCAACAACCAGGUGAUUGCAGUCUGUAGAAAUAACAGUAGUCCCCACACUCACCUUUUUCCUGAUGAUAACUCAACACUGGCAGUGGACAUCUACAAAGGGGGUGUUGUACUGGGAUGUUACUUUGGGCCAGCUGCACUCUACAUCUGGGCUGUUGGGAUCCUGGCUGCAGGACAGAGCUCCACCAUGACAGGAACUUACUCUGGCCAGUUUGUCAUGGAGGGAUUCUUGAACCUAAAAUGGUCACGCUUUGCCCGAGUGAUUCUGACCCGCUCUAUUGCCAUCAUCCCCACUCUGCUUGUUGCCAUCUUCCAGGACGUAGAGCAUCUAACAGGGAUGAAUGACUUCCUGAAUGUUCUGCAGAGCUUACAGCUUCCCUUUGCUCUGAUACCCAUCCUCACGUUUACAAGCUUGCGGCCAGUGAUGAAUGACUUUACCAAUGGAAUAGGCUGGAGGAUUGCAGGCGGGAUAUUGGUCCUUAUCGUCUGUUCCAUCAACAUGUACUUUGUCCUGGUUUAUGUCCAGGAACUAGGGCAUGUGGCACUGUAUGUGGUAGCUGCUGUGGUCAGUGUGGCUUAUCUGAGCUUUGUGUUUUACCUGGGUUGGCAAUGUUUGAUUGCAUUGGGCAUGUCCUUCCUGGACUGUGGGCGCACGUACCAUCUGGGAUUGACGGCUCAGCCUGAACUCUACCUUCUGAACACAGUGGAUGCCGACUCACUUGUGUCUAGAUGACUGACAGCCCGCGAGACUGUAUAAGAACUACUUUGUCUUAAUCCUUUUGUGCCAGGUGUCCUGUUAACAUAUCUCUGUUAGUUCAGAGGUGAGUUUUGUUCAGAUGUUUUGAACAAAAGGCAAAGAUUUCCUCAUGGGAAAGGGCAUUAAAAGCUGACAGCUGUUAAAUGUAGGACAGAGACCCACCUGCCUCCCCUGUCCUACAACAGCCAGAGCUCAAUGAUUGGCCUCUCGUGGCCACACACCCCUAUGGGCUUGUGUCUUGACUUCUGGCAUUUAAAAAUAUAUUUGUGUAUAUAUUUAUGUAAACCUGAACAUAGCAGUUUGGGUAGAGGUUUAAGGUUAUAUAAAAUUGAUAGGUCUUAUUUUUUUCGAAGAUAGUAUUUGGAUAAAUCAGAUAUUUGUUUUAUCUGGGUCACAGGUGAGAAAGGAGAGGGAGUAAUGCUCUUUUUUGGAAUGACCUGGUGAAAUUAACUUACCUUUUAAAGUGAU